AUUUGGCUCCACACGUUUUCUUGCCCUAUUCCCGGAAAUUGAAUGCUGUGACUUCUAGUUUGAUUACUGAUCUGACCAUCACAAGAAAUUAAGGUUAAAAAAGCGACAUUUCAAUUUCCGCGAAAACUCCAAUCAGACUCCUUUAACCUUCUUCAUCGUUAAGAAUCCCAAAACCCGUUAACUACUCAUCCGACCUAAUCAAAAUCUCAUUUUUGGUAACCCCCCUUCUAAUUCCUUUUAAUUCCAUUCUUUAACGAAUUAUCGGAUACCCCAUCGAAGAAAUAUGCUUCACCGGAGCUUCAAGCCGGCCAAAUGCAAGACAGCUUUAAAGCUAGCGAUACCACGAAUAAAGCUAAUGAAGAACAAGAGAGAAGCACAUGUUCAGCACUUAAAGAGGGAAUUGGCUCAAUUACUGGAGUCAGGACAAGAUCAAACGGCCAGAAUUCGGGUGGAGCAUGUAGUUAGGGAAGAAAAUACUGUGGCAGCGUUUAAUCUUCUCGAGAUAUACUGUGAACUUAUCCUGGCUCGCAUGCCCAUCAUCGAAUCACAAAAAAACUGCCCCACUGAUUUGAAGGAAGCAAUAUCAAGUGUCAUAUUUGCAUCUGCAAGGUGUGAAGAAAUACCAGAACUCAAGGAUGUUUCCAAACAUUUUACGGCAAAAUAUGGAAAAGAAUUUACUUCUUCUGCUCUUGAACUGCGUCCUAAUUGUGGUGUUGGUCGCAUGUUGGUUGAAAAACUGUCUGCUAAUGCACCUGAUGGUCCAACUAAACUCAAAAUUUUGACUGCAAUUGCUGAGGAACAUAAGAUCAAAUGGAAUCCUGAAUCAUUUGGAGCGAAAGAAUCAAAGAUUUAUGAUGACAUGCUGAAUGGACCAAAUACUUCUAUGGAGGCCACCAAAAUUUUGGCAGAUCCUCCAAUUAUCCAAGCUUCACCCAGUCAUGAGCAGAGUUCUCCCAGUGUUCAACUUCCUAAUAAUGAUAAGGAGCAACCUCAUGUUCAAGAUUCAAAACACAUUGGAAAAAGUGACGCACCAACAAGUUUAUAUGAGCACAAAUCAAGAUCAUCUCUUCAUCCUAAUAAUUUUGAUUAUUCAAAUACUAGUACCAAUACUUCGAUGUCCUCUGGAACUUAUCCACCAAAUUCAAAACAUGGAAUUGAGAAUCAAGUGAUGGAAUUUAAGAAUUCAUAUUCUGGUAAUGAGAGACCUUCCUCAUUAUCAAGGCAACAUUGGCAAAUGGAAUUUAAAGAUGCUACGGCUGCUGCUCAGGCAGCUGCGGAAUCUGCAGAGCGAGCAAGCAUGGCUGCCCGAGCUGCUGCCGAACUUUCAAGCCGUGGAAAUAUCUCCCAACAGCAUCCAAUGGAAUCACACAUGUCAUCUCCUCAUAGUAAGAAAGAUGAGGAGCAACAAAAGUAUACCCACUCAUCGUCUGAAAACGAGCAUGGUGCCAGACAUCCGGUUAAUAAUUCCCAUCAUGGAAGGAAUUCAGGGGAUUAUAAACAUAGUAACGUUGCUAGGAGCAGUGAUAACUCCACUCACAGUUCCUUUAAGUCAACUGCAGCUUCCUUCAAUGGAAAAGCAUCAGUGAAUAAUGGAACUGCAGAUGCUUAUUCUCAAAAAAACAAGUCUGAAGGCAGGCAAAUGGAGCAUUUUGCUGAACCAAGUAUCCAUAGAAACUCGGGCAAAAAUGGGAUGCAAUUUGUGAAUGAACUCCAUGAUAUUAAGAAUCCUCUGAAUCUUGAUCAACAUGAAGUAAGGGUCGGAGACCAAUCAAGCUAUUCCUCUUCUCAGUCUCAGUCAAACACUUUCACUGUUGAUCAUUUCCUUGUCUCUAAUUUAGAUUGGCAGAAGUCGGAUAGUAAUCAGAGAAAUUUGGAUGAAAGCAGGAUGCAAUUUGAGAAUGAACUGCAUGAUACAAAGACCCAUGAUGAUCAUGUUGUUGUAUCAAAUUUAAACCGUCAGAAGCCUAGAAAUGAUUCUGAUGAGGAUUUAUUUCUUCCCAAUGAUAAAGGAAGCCUUCCAAGAAGCACGAAAGAAACAACAGAUUCUUUCAACAAUGCCUCAGCAGUUUUUGAUGACUACGGAUCAGAUGAUUAUGAAGAUAAUUUUGGUUUGGAGGAAGAGCAUGAAGUACGUGAAUAUAAUAUGAACUUUUCUUCUCCAGGUCAAAGAUCUCCCUCUUAUCCAUUUACAACUGGAAAUUCUUGGAGCGUUCAGCAGAACAACAGUUCGCCUGAAAAGUCAAUUUCAAAAUCACAUAUUUUCUCAGAGGAGCGGACUACUCCUGCCCUCUUUGAAAGUACAAGCAGCUUUUCAGCUCCUUCCAAUGUGGAUGACUUGGCUGCAACUUUUGAUGAUUAUGGCCUUAAUUCAGAAAGUGAAGAGGAGGUAGACAAAUCUAAGUUUGUCAGGAGUAGCGAUUUUAGUAUAGGUAGUGGUAAACAGAAUACGGAUUCCAACAAGCCUGAAAACAGUAGUAGUUUGACUCCACAGUUGGCUGAAGGCAUUGAAGAUACUGAACAUUCCAAUGAGUUUAGUCUGGAAGAAAGUAAGGAAUUGAAAUUAGGAAACUUGACAGGUGGCCUACGAAAUAAGGGUUAUAGGUGCCCACCAUUUUCAAAAAUCCCUCGAGACAAUUUGUUUUCUUAUGGAGAAGCAGUCAGUGAUACAUCAACUGGAAUGAAGCAAUCUUCUUCUCCCGCAGCAGUGGAAGCUUUGGUUAAUUCUGGAUCUUACGAUCAAGAGCCAUACAGUAGGAAAGGGAAUGAUGAAGUGAGUAGAAAGCUGGGCCCGAAAGCAUUGGUUAAUCAGGUUGACUCUAGUGAUGAUGGUUCUGGGGAACAACCAAAAGAUACUUUUAGUAGCAUUGAAGGCCAUUACAACAGAACAACUAUUUUUGAAGAAAGUGAAAAAUCGAUCUCAAGGAGCACUGUCCCAUAUUUUGAUUCUGAUGAAGAUCUUCCUAAAGCAAGUUUGAAGGCUCACUCAAACACAAGUUUAUCUCGAAGAACAAAGGCCUCUCUUCCAUAUUCGCAGAGAAGUUCCAAUUAUAGAACUACAGUUUCCUCUGAGCCAGCAUUAGUGUUUGGCCAUGGUGAGAAGAAGAAUUUAACCUCGAGGAAUACUGGUGCAGAUGAAGCACUUCCGAAGAGACAACCUCACAAAAAGAACUCAGAUAACCGGGAAAGUUCUCUGCAUUCUUGGUUGGCAUCUCAACCAACUUCAAGGCCGGUUUCAGAGAACAAAGGCUUUUCAGUUGGUGGAACUUUGAAGUCAUCAGAGAAAGAACAACAGUCUGCCCUUGUCUGUAAGAGUACAACAUCGGGUAGUGCCAAAAGUUUGAAUGCUAAAAGUUCAAUUGGGGAGGGAUCAUCUAAGGAGAGUGCUACUCAUGUUCAUCCAAAGCUUCCCGAUUUCGAUGCCUUGACCUCACACUUGAAUUCUCUCAGACAGAACAGCUAGUGUACAGAUACUUCGUGCAUUCUGAUAUGCCGCGUUCAUGUUAUUGGUGACUAUCUUCUAUUUGCAUGUUAUACAGAAUCUUUUUUUAAACUCUAUAGGGAUGUUUCACCUAGAGUUGAAAAUAUUAUUUGAUUUACCUGCGAUAAAACAGUUCCUUUGGGACUAGAGAAAAGAGCGCAGUAAGUUUCUCAGGCUGAGAGUAUGACAGAGUGAAUCGCCUUUGUUAGCAUAUUACCAGAGGAGCAAACAAUGUAAAAUUCCAAAGCAAUUAAAUUUGAAGUUUGCUUUUGUAGUUC